GACGACAGCCAAAAAUUGAUUGGGGAUGUGAGUACCGAUGACGUUUCCAGAUUUUUGCCAAAUCUGUGCUAUAUAGUUGAUGAUUUAAACCUAUAUUCUGUUCACAUACAAGUAUUUGGUCUUAAAGCAGACAGAAUGGCAAAACAGCCUCUCGCAAACCGUGCUUGGACACUUGCCAAGCAUCCUCAAUUCUUUUGGUGGUGUGGACAUUGUAUUGUGCUUUUUUGCACGUCUUUUUAUUUUUGGUAUUGGAUCACUUUUAGUUCGUCCGAAGGAGUAAAUUUUUAUCAUGUAGCAUAUUUUGGAGCUAUGCUGAGCUACGGUGUUGUCAUUUAUAAAUCAUUUGGCAAAAUGGAGGGUAGGAAAACAACACCACGUCUUAACUGGGAAUAUUUUCAAAAGAUAAACAAAGACGAAAAUGUAUUUUAUUUUUUGCUAGCAUUUAUGUGGUUUAUGAGUACACCGGUUUUCGUCACACUCGUCCCAUAUGCAACAUUUUCGUUGUUCCAUUUCAUUACAUAUUUCCGAACAAAUAUCCUUCAAACAUUCUUUCCUCCACCACAUCCUUCCGGUCCUCCGGGGGCACAAAAUGAAUGGGUCAACAAAACUUCAAAAUAUAUUCAAACGUGGGUGCACAAUAAUUACGAUCAAGCCAUGAAGAUUGUUAGUUUCGUCGAAGUUGUAGUUAUCACAUCAUUUUUACUGUUAAAUAUAUUAAC